AUGGCUCUCGAGAGAAUCGGCUCCAUUGUGAAGCACCUGGCCCCAGGAAGCGCCAUCAACCAGAUCCAAUCCAAGAACCCCGAUGAUAUUGUCAUCACAUUAGCCAUCCGCACGCCUCUAGCCAAGGCCAAAAAGGGUGGCUUCAAGGACACGACCCUCGAGUACAUGGUCUACGCCCUCCUCAAGGAGGUUCGCGAGCGAUCCAAGAUCGACCCCGCCGUGGUUGAGGAUAUCUGCAUGGGCAAUGUCUCGGACGGCAAAGCCGCCUACAAGCUCCGCGCCGCCGCACUUGCCGCGGGCUUCCCCAACACCGCCGGUGCGUCGUCGGUGAAUCGCUUCUGCUCUUCGGGCCUCAAGGCCACGGCCGACAUCGCCAACGCCAUCAGCGCCGGCGACAUCGAGGUCGGCAUCGCACUCGGCGCCGAGCAGAUGUCCGUCGGCGGCGACGCUCUCGACAAGCCCUUUGACGAGGCCGUCACCUCGCAGAGCCAGGAGGCCGCCGACUGCAUGCAACCCAUGGGCUGGACCUCGGAGAACGUUUCGCGCGACUUCGGCCUCAGCCGCGAAGAGCUCGACAAGUACGCCGCCGAGAGCUUCCAGCGUGCCGAGAGGGCCCAGAACGCCGGCUGGUUUGACGACGAGAUCGUGCCCAUCAAGACAAAGGUCGUCGGCCCCGACGGUGAGGCCAAGGAGGUCACUCUCACAAGGGACGAGGGUAUCCGGCCCGGCACGACCCCCGAGAGCUUGGCCAAGAUCCGCGCCGCCUUUCCCCAAUGGGGUCCCACCACCACGGGAGGCAACGCCAGUCAGGUCACUGACGGAGCGCAAUUCGAAAAAGCCGCCGCCGUCCUACUCAUGAAGCGCUCGACGGCCGUCAAGCUCGGUCAGCCUAUCCUGGCCAAGUACGUCGGCUCCACCAUCGCCGGCCUGGCCCCACGUAUCAUGGGUAUCGGUCCGUCCAUCGCCAUCCCGAAGCUGCUUUCCCACUACAACCUGUCCCUCAACGACAUCGACGUCGUCGAGAUCAACGAGGCCUUCUCCAGCAUGGCAGUCUACUGCCGCGACACCCUCGCCCUUGACUGGGCCAAGAUGAACCCCCGCGGCGGCGCCGUCGCCCUCGGCCACCCGCUUGGCGCCACCGGCACGCGGCAGAUCGUCACGGGCCUGAGCGAGCUGCGCCGGACCAAGAAGAAGAUCCUGCUCACGAGUAUGUGUAUUGGUACGGGACAGGGCAUGGCGGGUCUGUUUAUCAACGAGGUCGUUUAA